UCGGCUAGGGCGGAAACGCUUUCCGGUGUAGAUAUACCAGAAAUAUUUCUGCUCUUCUGCCGUUAUGCUGCGUCGGUGGCCGAGUCCUGCGACCUGAGUCCUGACUCCUGAUAGCUCAUAGCUGAUAGCUGAGUGCAGUGUCGUCGAGUGCUGUUGUGUUGAAUCGAAUUCGAAUCUACAUAUAGUUUAAGGACACACGGCCGCAGCUCCUUAGCUCGCGAGCCAUGAGCUACGUGGGGGCCUAGGACCUGGACCCGUUAAUUGUGGAACCCCUCGGAAUCGGCCAAAGCUGCCACUGAGCUACACAGAAAGAAGCAGGAUGUUGAUCCGCUGGAAGAGCAAAGACAAGAGCGCCUCCUCUAACCAGAGCGCCUGCGGCAGCAGCAGCUCCUCCUCGAAGAAGAAGCGCAAGGGAAGAGAGGGCGAAGAAGACUGGCAGAAUGAAGCCAAGUCGGGACGUCUUCCGCCCAACGAACAGGGCGGCGGCGGCGACGAACGACGACGAGCCAUGCGUCGCGAUGAUCCACGUCGACACACGCUCGGCGGCGACAUGUUGGUAUACGGCGGCUCCCAGCAUCCUCACGCCCACCAGAUGGCGCCACAGCAGCAGCGCGCCAUGGAUCUGGAGAUGAGCACGCGCGCCCAGAAGAACAAGAAGAACCAGCCGAUGCGGGGCUAUGCGCCAGUGAAUCAGGGACCGCUGUUCGACGACGAUCCGGGCAUCAUGUCGGAGGUGGAAACGGCCAGCACCGGAUUCCGGCGGGGCGGCAAGCAGCGCUCCUCGCUCCCCGUGGUACGCACGCCCUCCAAAACGCUGGAGCGGCCACUGGGCCUGGUCUUUCUGCAGUACCGCUCGGAGACGAAGCGCGCCCUGCUGCCCAACGAGAUCACCUCCAUCGACACGGUGCGCGCCCUGUUCGUGCGCUCGUUCCCGCGCCAGCUGACCAUGUCGUAUCUGGAGGGGCCGAACGUGAAGAUCUACAUCCACGAUGCGAGCAAGGACAUGUUCUACGAGCUGGAGGAUGUGCGCUCGCACCUGCGCGAGAUUCGCGAUCGCUCGGUGCUCCGUCUCUUCGAGUCCACCGAGGUGGCCGCUCCGCCCCAGAUCCUGCCCGGCGGCCCUGGCAUCCCGCAGCCGCUGCCGCCGGCGCAGGCCAACUGGGACCAGGACCAGAGCUACUUCAGCGAGCCGGAGUUCGACUCGGACUACAAGCACCAGCACAUCCACAAGUCAAAGAUUGGCAAACAGCCGGCGCCCUACUACGUGGGCUCGUCGCAGACGUUGCCCCGCGGCAUGUACUCAUCAGAACGCAACAAGGUGUCGAUGGGAGCGCCUGUGAAACCACUCAGAUCACUCAAUCCAAGGGGUAGCAUGGAACCCCUGUUCCCCUACACCCCGGAUCAGUUAUACAGCAUUCCAGACGGCUACACCAGUUCGCCGGAGAGGAGCAGCCGUGGGAACUACGAGGAGCCGUACUACAGCCAAUACGGGACGAGGGGCACUGUGGUGGCACCCAUUAUCGACGAGGAACAGAGCGACGGAACGAUGACCGAGGAUCAGUACGCCCUGUACGGCAUCAAGGUGGGACCCAAUCGCCUGGCGCACCGCGGCAACCAGAUCUACGAUCCCACUAGACCUGAGGACUUGCACCGGAUUCGCGUGGAGCACAUGGAGCGGCAGCUGGCCAACCUAACAGGCCUGGUGCAGAAGGCCCUGGUCAACCAGAAUCCACAAAUUGCCCCGCUGGCCGUGCCCACCCUGGACCCCAACUAUCUGGUCGUGCCGUCGCAGAUGCAAGCCAACGGCUCCGGGGACGAGCUGUAUAUUCGGGAGAAAGCUCCCAAACUGGGCAAGAACUCGUGCCAAAAAUCCGUGUCCUUUGAGAAGUCCGUGUCGUUUAGCGAUGACAUUCAGGGAAUACCAAAGUCGCACAACCCCAUACAUGCCGCUGACACGAAGCCACCCAAGCCGGCAAUUAAGUCGUCCACCCUACCACGCACCUCGUCACAAGAGCGCGACCGCCUAAAGCCGCCGCCGCCGCCCAAGCCGAUCGUCCUGGCCCAGACCGCCCAUCCCAGCUACCGGGCGGACAUCGCCCUGGCCCCCGAGGUGUACAACCAUCUGCGCGGGCUGCAGAAGAAGGCCAAGGACCUGCGCAUGGAGGUCCGCACCCUGAGGCGCCUCUCGCAGGCCCAGGCCGUCGCCGUGCGCGAGGACAUCAAGGGCACCUUCAUGCGCAUUCGCGCCACUCUGCUGGCCAGCAGCGGCAGCUUCUGGGACCACCAGGGCGACCAGGAUGCCACGCGCAUUUCGCGCGAGGAGGAGCUGUACAAGCAGGAGGUCAUCCGGCUGGAGAAGGACCUCAGCGACCUGGAGGGAUCCGUGGAGAACUUGCGCGGCGAGGUGAUAAACCGCCGCACUCGCGUCAACAUGACCGCCGUGGAGGACAUGGCUUUGGUGCUGAGUCGGGCCAGCAAAACUGUCGCCGAACUGAAGCUCAAGUUCCCGGCCCUUUCGAAUGGCUUGCGCUGCAUUCUGUCCAACGAGAUGGAGAAGGUGGUGCGCGAAGAAAAGUUCCUUAAAGAAGAGCCCGAUCGCCUGGAGUCGGCGCUGCGUCGCUGCAAGAAACUGACCGGCACCUUGGUGACUCUCAAACGCUUGGCCAGCGUGCAGGAGCAGCGGCUGCCGCCUAAUGAGCCGACUAUUAGCGAGGAGCCACCGCGAUCCGCGGACAUCUCGGCGCAGGAGAAGCCAAUCCCAACACCCAGGAUGGGGUCGUUCGCUCUCAGCGGGGGACUCGCACCCGAAAACGCACUCGAUGCUCUGCUAGAUGAGCUCAAGACAUUCUCCAAGCCCAUUGCCCAACAACAGCAGCAGCAGCAGCAGCAACAGCAGCAGCAGCAGCAACAACAGCAGCUGCAACACCAGCAACUAUACGAGAUUCGCCCCGAAGACUCGGCAUCCGAUGAGAGCGCACAGGCCGCAGUACAAAGCACCGUCACCACGCAGAUAUCGCAGGCCCGUCUCUACACGGAGGCGAGCGUCAAUGUGCAGCAGGCGACCACCGGCAGCAUGGUCAUCGCUGUGGCCUCGUCCUCGUCCUCGGCCCAAUCUCAUACUCAAUCUCAAUCUCAAGCCCAAUCCCAGCGAGGAGUGCUAACCCACCAGCAGUCGCAGCCCUCGCAGGCCCAGCUGAUGGUGCACACCAACAUGGGCAGCCUGCGCCGCCUACACUCGUAUCCCAGUGAGUCGGACGGCGAGCUGCCUCCGCCGCCGACGGGUCCGCGGGCCAGCGAAGCCAAUAGCCUGGCCAACGGCAGCAGCAACAAGCCACCCGUGCCCGAGCGAAACGCCGAAUUGAUCACCAAGGUGGGCCACAAGCGCAUCCCGCCACCUCCGCCGCCACGCACCAGCUCACGCAGUCCACUGGCCAGUCCAACCAGCCCGAAUCCGAAUCCGAAUCCGGGACAAGUGGGUGAACGCGAACCCAUCGCUCCCAUCUCGGCUAGCGGCGGCGACACCUCCAGCGGGGACAACUCGAGCGGCAACGAGUCGGGCAACGAUCACGCGCAGCGCCAGGUGGCCCUGGAGAUGCGCCACCAGGAGCUGCUCAAGAAGCAGAAGAUGCUGCAGGAGCAGUACCAGCGUCUGCAGCAGAUGAGCAAGCUGCCCUCGGUGGAUGUGGCCUGUCCCUCGGGAUCCACCUCAGACCAGAGCAACUCGCUCCGGAAGCUGGGCAGCGAGACGAACAUCCAGCAGAAGAUCGCCGCCUUGAGCCUGGCCUGCGAGGCUAGUGGAGCCGCAGCUGCGGCCGCGGCGACGGCGGCGUCUGCUGCUGCGGCUACCAAUGGUGUGGUGGCCAGUGAUGCUACGAGCGGUGCGAUCGGCGGUGCUGGUGGCGGAGGAGCUGCGGGAACGGCUGGUGCGGGCGCUGCUGCUGCGAACUCCAACUCCAACUCAAACGCAAACUCAAAUUCAAAUUCCCAACACCAGACAGCCACGACGACCACUAAACAGCUGUACGAGACCGAGAUACUUUAACACAACUGGAAAUUGGCGUGGAACGAAGCUAAAAUUGACAUUUAAUCGGAGCGGUUCUAAAAUCUGAACUGGGAAAUGAAAAUGAAAUUGAGGCCUAGACCAGACUGAAUCGGAAGUCUGGUCGAGGCUUUAUUCUUUGGAUUACGAUUACGAUUCCGACAGAAACAGAACCGAAGCGAUGGUUACAAAUGAAUUUGAAUAAGGGAACUUGUACUUGUAUUUACUAUCAUCUAAUUGUCGUACAUAGAUGUGUAUUUGCACAACCUCCAGCAACUCCAGCAUCCGAUGUUGUACGUUAGGUGUUGUCUGUGAAAACGCAAAGCAAAUAUGAUCGGAAACCAAACGAAAAUUGAAUCGAAUUGAAUUUGAAAUGAAUUGAAUCACAAAUCAAAAGCCGUAUGUCUAAUGCGUAAUCACCAAUUGUGCACCCCCCAUAAACAAAACAAAAAAAGAAAGAAAACGGGCAUAGGAAAAUGUUGUAUAGCAACCAUUUACCACAUACCACAUAACACAUACCAUAUACCGUAUACAUACACCCUAUGCACCGGCGUAAAGAGCCCCAGAUGAAUGUAUUUAUGUAUGUAUUCGCUUACAUUGAUGUACUUGUUGCAUGUUGUGUUUUUUGUUGUUGUUUCGAUGAAAUUAUAGGUCAUAUAGGUCAAGAGCAGGACUGCAACACCCCAAUCCCAGCCAGCACUAAGCCUAGAUAUAUCAAGAUGAUAUCCAGCAAAGCACCCCUUGACCCAUUAAGAACCCAGGAUCCAGGAACCGAACCACACACGUAGAACAACCAACCAACCCAACCAAGACACUUCUGCAUAGCAAAGCAUAUAACGCUACACACCACACACAGUCGUACGUACACGAGCCGAUCUACGAUUAACUAUUAUGCACAUGUACAGAUCUACGUAUGUACUUAAACGAAUAUGUCAUAGAUUUUUAUUAUUACCUUGGUAUGGGACGUGAGACUGAUAGUUCUAUAUAUGUAGCUCAUCAUGAUACAAUAUGAAAUACGAAAGCAAAGGAUAUUGUACUUAUUUUUGUUAACGAAGAUGACUAGCUAAUUUUAUCCCCCACAAAAAGCCACAAGCACUCCCUCCUAAUCCUAGAAAAAGAAUUAAAGAAGAGGCCUCCUGAAGGGAAUUUCGGAGAGAGCAGACUUCGGACUACCGAGGCUAUUAUUGUUUACACGAUGCACCUAUCAAAUGGGUAAAACAUACAUAUAUGUAUCACUUAGCUAUAUGCAUUCAACGCUACACGCAACAUCGAAAGGUGGUCCCAAAGACCCCGAAACCAUAUCCAUGAGGAUCCAGGAUUUGCUCCCCACUCGUUCAGGCUUUUGGGUAGUCGAGAUGAUUAGAUUAAGGUAGAUUAGCAAAUCUACCUUGGAAGUCUGUACAUAUAGUACGUGUUCCGAUGUUUGGGGGAAAUAGUGUGGAUGUGGAUGGACUAGAGGACAGGAAGACAGCCAGCACACACAUAGAUUUGUUAUUUUUACUGCUCGGCCAGUAUUACACUUCAGUAUUAUAGGCUAAUUUACAUUUAAAUUUUAAAUUCACCUGUAACACACACGAAUUAAAGCGAAAUUUGUUGCACCUCUGCCACGUUCUUAUAUCAAUUAAACACAUGUAACACACACACACUCGACACCCCCGCAUUCCUUGAAUUGUUCAAUUUUCGAAGUCUAUGUGAGAUCUCCUAGGAGCUCAGAGGAGCGUUAUAGCUUAAGAUCUAACAACACCACACACGCAAAGCAAAAGAAGGUUACAAUGAACAUUUUAGAGAUAUGUAUCUGCUACUUGCUAUUCAUAUAUGUAUGUAUAAAUUCAUAGUUAUAUUACAUGUAUAUCCAAUAGCUCAAAUACGGGGUCGCCUUCUCCUCCUCCAGGCUUCUGCUAACAAGUGUACUCUUUAUAGGGAGCCCCAGUUUAGGAGGUGCAAUAGACUCUUGACUUCAAGACUAAAAACCCCUAGGUGCGCGCUCAAGACAUUUACAUUUACAUAUACACAAAGACGAAAGUAUUUACCUAAGUUAGUAGAUUUGUAUUAUUUAUUUAGCGCCAUUCGACGAAUAUGUAUAACAUAUAUGAUAUAUAUAUAUUUACAUGCAAGAUCACGCAACGAAUACACACUUAAAAGAACAUAUAGACAUGCAUACGAUGAAUACGAAGAUAAUAAAUAACGAACUAUGCGAGAGGCAGUGUUUAAAGGUCCCCUAAUAAUACCAAACUCAAGAUAUUUAAGUAUAGAGUUAUACAAGGAAACGUGGCCAAAUCAAGGGCAUCGUUCGUACACCCAAUUACAUUCCUUAAAAGGCACCACAACACAUCACACUAAAACUAUAAUUCAACCCAAAACACACUCACAGGCGCACUCGUCCCAUUUAACCUACACCCUAUCCUACACGGUAUUUAGUAUUUAGUAUCGCCCGUAGGCGGAAACGAUCUAAAACCCAAAGUCCCCGAUCUCUGAUUCAGAUCUAAGCUGCAUCGGAAGAAGCGUUUGAGGAAGUGCGUAUUUUUUUCUUAAUAAUAAUUAUUCUAUUUAAAUCACAACAAGCCACAACAAUAAAUAUCAUUCG